AUGGUCUCUUCUUCAUUCUUAUUCGUCGGCGCUCUUGCCGCUGUCGCACUCGCUGGCCCUGCCCCCGAGAACACAGACUCUCCUAGAAACAUUGUUGCCAAAGCCCAUCUCGAUAGAAAAGACACCAAGGGUAUCAUUGAGUUCUCCGCAAAGAACGGCACAGUUAAGGUCCAUAUUGACGUGACUGGACUUCCCGAAGAGGGAGGGCCUUUCUAUUAUCACAUCCACAAAGCUCCAGUUCCAGCAAACGGUAACUGCGAGGCCACGGGUACGCAUCUAAAUCCUUACAACGCACCGCUUGAUGAAUGCGAUAGCUUUGACGAUGACGCCCUUUGCCAGGUCGGAGACCUCUCUGGAAAGCACGGAUGGAUCAACACCACCUGCUUCGAGGCUACCUACUACGAUCCUUAUCUCUCGCUGAAUCCUAAGAACAAAGCUUACAUCAUCGGACUUUCUGUCAACCUUCAUUUUGCAAACAUGACCAAGAUCACUUGCGGUACAAUUGUCAAGACCAAGGGUAAGUUCAGGAGAUACGAGGACGAGUCUUUCGCCCUGGAUGGAAGCACGCCAUAUAUUGAGGAGUAUUCGAACUCCACAACCAACUCCAGCUCACCUCUCUGGGCUGCUAACUCCACAAACGGCACCCUGACCGCUUUGGAGUCCACUUACUGUGGUGAUGCCUACAUGUCGAGUGCCGGCUACACUGGGAUGCUUGGGGCUGCUCUUGGCAUGGCUGCAGCCUUGAUCUAG